CGCAAACCCAACCUUUCUAUCAUAUCUUCAAGCUUUCUUCUCCCCGGCAUUGGUCCUCUAUGAUUUGCCCUUCAAAGUCACCAACCAAACGUCUAAACUCACUUUGUCCGUAGUCUAGAGUCUCGUUCUUUCUUCCCCCUUCCUUCAUCAACACCACUGACACCUCUCACCACAACCACCUCUUUCAUCAAUGAACCGUUACAGAGGUCCAUUCUCAUCAUCAGCUGCCUCUUCUAAAGCGACCCCUACUACACGCUGUCAGAAAUGCCUUAAACUAGGUCACUAUAGCUAUGAGUGCAAAGCGACUAUAUCUGAAAGGCCAUACACCUCGCGACCCUCACGCACCCAGCAGUUUCUAAACCCUCGCCUCCGUCAGGAGCUCACGGAAGCUGCACCGCCAUCCGACGUUACGGUUAAUAGAAAGAAGGGCACCGCUGACGAGAUUCUAAUGAAGAAUAAGAAUGAGAGGGACAGUGCACAUUCUCCAGAGGUUCGUGGGCGCAAGAGGAGGCGUAAUAGCACUUCGCCUUCGCCAGUUCAAUCGCGCGCCCGCUCCAUCUCCACUGGCUCCUCUUCAACAUAUUCCAGCAUAUCAUCCGGACGCUCGCCAACACCUCCGGUGUACUCACAAGAGAAUUCCGUGGUUCGCCACAAUUCUAGGAGACAAAGCAAUAGUCAUGCUCGCGAUGACCAUGAUCGAUCUGUUCGCAGAAAGUAUCGUGAUUCUCCUAGCCCCAGGAGAAGGGGUCGCAGGCUGAGUCCUACCGAUUAUCCGCGGAGAACAAGGAGCCGGACUCCGAGACCAACAUACCGGCGCUCAAUUACACCCCAGGUUUACAAUGGUCGGAAAGAAUCACCAGUGAAGUGUCGCCAGGUGGAUGAAAAUCGCCCUACCAGGACCAGUCCUUAUAGAGAGCGAAGCCUCAGUCCCUUCACCAGACGGAAACUUCUUACUGAGCAGAUGCAGAGGGUCCCUGGAUAGUUGCUUAUUCUAUUUUUGAGCGAGCAGGUAGUUUGACAGCGGGAAGUCCCGCCUUAUAAACACACUUAGCAUCAUUACUGGCAUUACAACACUUUUUCUUCUUUCUUCUCCUUGUUACAGUAAGGGAAACGGGGAGGAUUCGUGAGGGGGGGGGGAAACGAGGGAACC